AUUCAGUCCAUAUGGUGACCGGCACGAUCUUGAUCAGUCUCGGCCCUCCUACACAAGUUCCUUCAUCUUAUCAUCCCAGGUGUUUAAAUACAAAUGUGCACGCCAGAUCUCUCAGCUGAGCGGACAAACACAACUCAAAUUGAAUUUCAUGAGACUCUCAUGGACAGUCUAUUUUCCCAGGUGGUGACGAUUGUACCUGGAACGUUUAUCAUGCUAUGGUCAUUAUUGCAUCAGGCAGAGGAUCUGUACUCAAAGGGUACUCGGUGGUUUUUGUUCCUCACACACACACCUAUCGACCGCACAACUGUCUUCAUCGAGCGGGAUCCCGAAGCUGCAGCGAUAAUGGGCACUGAUAUCACUGGGUACAAUGCACAGCUCACGUAUGCUUAAGGAGAUGGGAUUCUCAUUCCCACUUACCAAGUUGAGGGCUGUGCGCCUGCGUCGAGCAACUUGUAGGUCAGGUCGGGGCUCCCAAGCGAUUCUAAUGUAUUGUUUUGUAGCUGGCUUAAUGUAUUUUGGCAAAGGCGUUCUCCACCGUUCUCAGUGGGUACCCUCCUACCCAGAUCCCCACUUAACCUUGGACUAUUUUUACCACUUUCAUUGUUUUCAAUAUAUACAUGAUGUUCG